CAGUUGCCUCCCUUUGAAUAAGACUUCCAAGAGGACGACUGUGUCAAUAUCGACGUGCGGUUGUCAAGCCCAAGCCGCCUGUGCCUGUUUAUCGCUUGCCUUCAAACAGCAAACACGACACAUGGAAAGGCAACAUCGUUCACCGUAGAGGCGUCUUACAUAGCUUCUGUUGGGAACAUACAUGACAUUUAACACGAUGGAAGUGAACGUCAAGCAAGAGAGAACUGAUCCAGGGUUCGAACCCGAGUAUGGUCAACACAAUCCAAACUGGGAGGUAUACGGGUCUUGGAUACCAACGCAAUCCCUGUGCCACAAGGAGGAACUGAAGAAUGAAGAUGUCAAGUCCUGCGAACUUUUCGUUCCGAUGAGCAACGGAAAAUCUCACAUCAGUAAUUCAUUAUUAUAUGAACCUAACGUCAUACGGGCUGAACGUGAAUUUGUGCCCAUUGAUAGAAAGGACUCGACCUAUUGGUCGAAGAGGCUGAAGAAUAAUGAGUCCGCACGACGGUCGAGGCUGAAGAAGAGAGCUAUCGAGAAAACAAUGGAGGUGAAAUACAAGGAGCUGCAACGGGAAAAUAUUGAGCUGAAGCAUGAGCUAGCAGCUCUGAAACGCCAUUUUGCAGAUAAGUUGAAUCCGAAGGAAAUAGCAAGUGACAUGUUUUCAGAGCCUCGUUUGCGCCGAGGAAGUUCUUCCGAUGUAUCGGAGACGUCGAGUGUGACAUCGGAAGGAGAAGUGUAUCAUGGGUCUUACGAACCGGAUGUUGUUGCGGCAUCAUCGUUAAAAGUGCUGACGUCAGCAAAGCCACCGACAUUGGCUCAUCAACACGGGUUCAACAUGACAUCCGUUCCGUUUCGGUAUUCGUUCAUGAACUAUCCGGUGGUCGCCAGAGAUCCAUCAGUGUACCUUACCUCCAUCGAUCAGGACGCAGAACCCCUCACAAAAAUUCCUCAUAAAUUCCGACUGAAAAAUGAUUUUCAUUCGGCAUUCUAUGUUCAUACUGAUGAGAAUAACUAAGAACUGUUAUAUAUUCCAUAUCAACUUUCACUGUCUCUAGUUACAAGGAACAUCAAUAAACUAUUUAACUAGA